UGAGAGGAGAUGCAGGCAGUGGCCUAGAUGUGCGAAUCGUCAAGAGUUGCUCUUUCUGGUUCACUGGAUGGAGGCUGCUCUCGCGCAGGGAGGACUAUAGAAAAUAUGGGGAUGUUUUAUGUGGUUUGUUGAAGGCUACACAGUGAAACGUUACUUUUUCCAGUACGAGUUUUCGUUCAUUCGUGUUCAGUAUUUUUGUGGCCUACUUUAUGUGUGUUUUGGGGAGAAAUGGGUCAAUAAUUUCGAAGCGCGCAAGCAGUAGCGCACAGUCCCACACACUGCCGCGCGUUAUGGCUCUCUCUGUCAAACAUGGUGUAUGAAAAUGCACUGAACCUUUCACAUUUACACACUGCGAAUAUAUAGUUCACGCCGCUUCCUUCGUCCCCCCCUGUGUGAUGACGAUGGAAGUGGAAGCUGACAGCGGCAGAGGUAUAUCAAGGAGGGCUCAUGAGAAAUGCCCGCGGGCGGUGGAGCGCAACGGCUAUGUGAAAACAUGUGUCACRCCUCUGUAUCAGGACGCGGGCUGCCAGUCGUGGCUGAGACUCYCAGAUAUAUGGAGUUCCCUAKGACUGUCGUCCGCGGUGUGUGUGGGCUCUGUCUCGGUUAUUCUUGCUUUGCUGGUCAGAUUGGUGGACUGGGACGUGGAGCAGCAGAGUUGCAGCAGUAACAGCAAGAAUAACGGCGAGUCUGGAUCUCUAGUUCAUUUCGUGGCGACCUGUGUGGUGGAACUGUUGUUGAACGUUUGGUACCUGGUGUCCCCCGUCUUCACUCUCGUAUGUGCCUUCUUUUGGGUUGGCUUGUACCUGAUCCGCUGCGGGGUGCUGAUCCGGACCGCCGUGUUUCUGUUGGCAGUGUGUCACUUCGGCGAAGCCGCGGCGCAGUCUCUCCUGCACGGUGCGGAGGACCAGUUGRUGUCGUUCACCGCCACGGUGGUGGUUCUGUCCUGUCUAGCCGUCGGGGCGCUGAUGGUGGUCAGACUCGGACAGGGGGUUUCCGUCAUCYUCUUCAUCAGUAUCAUCAGAACUGUGUCUCUCAUCUCCCUCAACAAGAUCCGGGCCAGCUGGAGACCCUACCUGGCGUACCUGGUAGGAGUGCUGGGAGUCCUGCUAGCGAGGUAUGCUGACCGGCUCCUGACGGGCUCAGUGCCACUCGGGGCGGGUUGUAGCUACGUGACAGCCGGGAAGGAAGAGAAUAUCAUUCCCGUGUUUAAAAGGCGACGGAUGUCCAGUUCAGUGGUCUCUUCAGACAUGGCGCACAGUCACAGCAACAGCAAGUCCCACCGAAGGACCUCGCUCCCAUGCAUUCCACGGGAACAGUCGUCGGGRACCAGUGUGGUGGUGGACAUAGCGGUGAUGGGGGAAGCCCAUGGAUUGAUCUCAGACCUGCUGGCGGACCCCUCUCUGCCCCCCAACACCUGCAGUACCCUGCGGGCUGUCAGUAACCUGCUCAGUACCCAGAUCAGUUUGCAGCCGCUGCACCGGCCUCGAAUCAACCCUCUGCAGUCACUCAGCGACWCACACACCUGCUCCGACUCCGAGGACUGGCCAGAGAGAGAGAAACUGGCUAUCCCAAAGCGUCUGCGACGGAGCCUGCCUCCAGGCCUGCUGAGAAGGAUCUCCUCUACAUGGACCACCACCACCUCAGCUACAGGUCUUCCCACCAUAGAGCCAGGACCUGUACGCAGAGACCGCUCUGCCAGCAUCAAACCCCUCCACGACAGUCCACCAUGCAGCACGGUGAACAGUGAGUCGUGGAACAGCUCUGUAAUGCUCACCAUCUCGAAGAGUCGCUCCAUGUCUGCCUCCUACUCUGCUUCAGCCACUUCCAACCACCUCUACAACAGACGAAUGACCAGACCAGGURACCCCCCCUCCAAUAUAUCACCUCUGGCCUCUCCCUGCCACUCCCCUCCGGUCCAGGGGACCCCUGUCUCCAGCCCCACCACCAAGUCCUGCUCUGUGGACCUACCGGACCCUGUGGACAGCCAGGGAGAGAGGCCUGUGGACCCCCAGGUCCCACACAGAGCCUUAACKCACAGCAUCAGUGCACCUAGCUCCACCACACCGCACUGGGGGCCACCAUCUCUCUGCAGCAGCUGUGGUAGACCGUACAGCAGGCUGAGCCAUGGGGAGGGAUCUAUGGACAAAGGGGACAGAAUACCCCACCCUGAUGACCCGGCAGUGGCGUCGUCAGACUGUGAGAGCACCUACGAGACCAACCACAGUGACAGCAGUGACUUUGCACAGAACGAGGAGGACGGGGAGGGGGCCAAGAAGCCCUCGGACACCCAGGACGGGUGCAGGUCGUACCAGCCUGAGGGCAUCGUCCUGCAACCCCUAAUGCCACCUCCAGAAGACACACAGUCUAUCCUGGCCCCAGAGCCUCUGGUGUUGUCAGAGCUGGAUCCUCUGAUGACUCAACUCAACAGCUGGAACUUCCCCAUCUUCAACCUGGUGGAGAAAACACACGGCCGCUCAGGAUGCAUCCUCAGCCAGGUUUCCUACCGCCUGUUUGAGGACACGGAACUGUUUGAGACGUUCAAGAUUCCUGUCAAGGAGUUCAUGAACUAUUUCCAUGCUCUGGAGAACGGAUACAGGGACAUCCCAUACCACAACAGGAUCCAUGCCACUGACGUGCUCCAUGCCGUGUGGUACCUCACCACCCAGGCCGUGCCAGGCCUGCCCAACCACCUCACAGACCACAGCUCAGAUUCUGACUCUGACAGUGGGCUCCUCACCCCAAGCCAUAUAGGCCAUACAGGGUUCCUGGUUUCUAAGAUGUCUGCGGUGAUGGAGGAGGGUUAUGGAUGUCUGUCUGGCCUCAUCCCGUCACUGGAGCUCAUGGCUCUGUAUGUGGCUGCAGCCAUGCACGACUACGACCACCCUGGACGGACCAACGCCUUCCUCGUGGCGACUAGCGCUCCUCAGGCCGUGCUAUAUAACGACCGCUCGGUGUUAGAGAACCACCACGCUGCGUCGGCCUGGAACCUGUUCAUGUCCCGGCCAGAGUACAACUUCCUGGGCAACCUGGAGCAUGUGGAGUUCAAACGCUUCCGCUUCCUGGUCAUCGAGGCCAUCCUCGCCACCGACCUCAAGAAACACUUUGACUUCCUGGCYGAGUUCAACGCCAAGGUGGGUGAUGAUGGCUGUUCGGGAAUUGACUGGUCCAAUGAGAARGACCGGUUGCUGGUGUGUCAGAUGUGCAUCAAACUGGCGGACAUCAACGGCCCACUGAAACACAAGGACUUGCAUCUACAGUGGACCGAGGGCAUCGUCAAUGAGUUCUAUGAACAGGGCGAUGAGGAGUCGAGUCUGGGCCUUCCCAUCAGCCCCUUCAUGGACCGCUCUGCGCCACAGCUCGCCAAGCUCCAGGAGUCCUUCAUCACYCACAURGUGGGGCCGCUCUGUUCCUCCUACGACUCCGCCGCCCUCAUGCCGGGGAACUGGGUCGACCCCGCCGACGCACGGAGGACGGAGGGAGAGGAGGUGGGGGAACGAGAGACAGAGGAGGAAGAGGAGGAUACAGCAGAGGAGGAUGCGUCGACUAGCUCUGAGAGUUCCCAGAAGCACGUGGUGAAGCUUAAGAAGAGCAGGAGGAGAGUGUUCUGUCCCAUCACUCAGCACCUUCUGGACAACCACYAAAUGUGGACAAGAGUCAUCGCCUCGGAAACCCGGGACACACCGGACAGAGAGGCGCCUAACUGCCUCAGCAACCCCGCCGAGCCAAUCACAGCCAUCCACGAGGAGGAGGAUGAGCCAGCCAGUAAGGAGGAGCCAAUAGAUGGCCAGGGAGAGGAGACAGAAGGGGAAGAGACGGGGCUUGCGGAGGAAGAGGAAGUGGUCGAGCAAUCAGAGACUGCAGAGAAAAGGGAGGAGGAGUUGGAGUGAGAGGAUUAUCUUUGACCCUUGAAGAUCAGGAAAUGGAACAUUUAUACAAACUCAUACCCUCUCCCAAAUAGACUUUCUGACUCUUGUCAGAAAAUAUACCCUAUUCCCCAUGUGGUGCACUAGCUGGCCAAAACUAGUCCACUAUACAGGGAURGGGGUGUUGUUUGAGACGCAGCCCCUGAUAUUUGGUUGCCAGGAAAUCACUUAGACACAACACUGUAGAAGUUUGGAGUAACAUGUGCCUAAAGAAAASAAGGUGGAGGGAGGGGAAGCUGAGGAUGAGUUGGGAUUUAUUGUUUUACAUACGUACUAUAUUGGAUCAGGUUUCCAUUUCAGAAUCCCUCUCCUUGACGAGGUGCCCACAACGCAAUACGGGCCCACAGAACACUGACCCCACUGCCAGCCUCAAGACACAGCCGGCCAUACUAGUGGUCCGCAUCCACCUGACCGCCCUCACAGAACCAAGGUGUACAAAGUGGACUGUACUGAAUAGACAGUACAAACACUAGCUCCUGAGGACAAUGAGAUGAAAGUGCGGGAAAAAGCUGUGUCCGCUCUGUGUUGGUUCUCAGGGAGCGAGGAGAGGACUGAGGACUGGGGAGAGGAGGGCCAGUGUUGAUACAGAGUGUGCUCACACACACGCAUGGAGGCAAACACACACUCACACACACACACAAACCCAUCAGAAGAUUUGCUAGCUACCCCAGGAAGAGGGAAUGGGAAGUCUAACAUAGAACCCUGUAGCUCUGAAAAAAGCUUUAUACUCAGUCAUGGGAAAAAUCCACAGCACAGUGUUUCAUCACAUUCUUCAUCUCUCUCCUCGUUCCCAAUUUUACCAUGUUUUUUUUUCUUUCUUUCUGUCUUUCUUUCUUUCACUCUCUUCACUUUUGUGUCAGUCAUUCAGGCUCUUUUUUUCUCCUCUCACUCCUARGCAGUUCCACAGGACUCAGGAACACUGACACGCCCCACUGGGCACAGACUGGUUGAAUCAAUGUUGUUUCCACGUCGUUUCAAUGAAAUUACGUUGAGCCACAGUGAAAUUGGCAUCGAAUUGACGUCUGCCCAAUGGGACCCAACGCAGAGCCCUCAUCACAGUGUCCUUGUACCCUUUGUCAUUGUUGCUUCAACCAACACAAGUGAUUGUUCUUUCAUUUGUUUUAUUGGUUUGUGGUUUUGCGUUCUUAUUUUUAUUAACAUUUGCCGUAAGAUAUUCACUCUCGGUGGCMUUUGUGUUUUUUUAAAUAUGGCGCGGGACUUUUAUUUUGUUGCCUUUCUUAUUUUACGUACCCUGUACUUUGAUUAUCUGCACACUACAAAGGGAAUCACUUUGAAUCUGAAUCACACGGUUUCUUAUAGAGUUCGAUCUUUCUAUUAUUCAGAAGCCUAGUUACGUAUUCCAAUGUAAGAUGUUUAAUAAGUGCAGAUUUUUUCUCUCUCUUCAUAGCCUUUUGACCCAGUAGAUGAGUACGUGUACCACCUCGCUGGAGAAGAAGCAUUCAUAUUUGGAUUCAUCUGUGGAAGUCAAUCUGACCAUGACACUGAAAAAGAGAUUCACCUUUUUGAAAGGUUCUCUACAGCCGUCUUCAUUGAUAAACUAUUUUGUAGAACUCUCUCGUAAAACUCUUUUGACAGGACACUGACCUCUAGCCUGUGUUUCUGUGCUCUCUCACAAUGGGAUCUACCACCCAAUACCCUGACAGGCAGUUCAGCCAAGAGAGGCAAUGUCGAAAGUACACAGAUUCUCUCAGUCUCUUCAGCGAGCAUAAUUCCCCAUCGAGUGAGCUGUCUCACUCAGUUCCUUCGGAGAACCAAGGUUACAGUCAUAACCCGGCAUUUUCUAUUGAACUCUGGGAUAUCAUCUUUUUCUCCAUCAGGCUGAAAUGAUAACAGGCCUUGGAAUAGCUUUCAGCUAGUCAAGUGAUCAAAGAAAGUUAAUUGCUGGGUGGCCCUUGGAAAGCCUUGAAGGAGAUGCGGAGGGGCCCUGAGGUUCAACCAAGAGAACACGGUUACAGAUAUACUCCACAUACCCACAGAGAGACUGUGCUGCUCUAUAGAACAUGGUGAAUCACGCAUGGGGCUGAAUGCAAAGCAAACAAAAGUGUGAAGAAAGAGAAUGCAGUAAAAAUAUCCAUACCAAGAAAGGCCGAUGUCUGCUUAGUGUGUGUUUGCUGACUCCCACAAAUAAGUGAUGUAUUUAUUAACUUUCUGAUAGUUUCAACAUUUCAACCAUAGGUCCAACUGGUUCAAGCACCUGUCGAAGAAGGCCAACAUGGUUGAACUGUAGCUACCCCAUUGUAGCUAUCAGAUGAUACAUCUACCUGCAGCUAUCCCAUCUCUCCCUAUCCAUCCAGCUCCUAGCCCAGGGCAGCUCCCAUGACAUGACCAGGCAGAUCAGGCCUAAGCAGGUGUGUGACCGGAAAGGCACCCUAUUCCCUAUAUAGUGCACUACUUUUCACCAUAGUCCUAUGGACCCUGGUCAAAGUAGUGCAGUAUAUAGGGAAAAGGGUGCUAUUUGGGACACAGCCCAGGUGGACUAGCCAGCCAGCCUGAGCCAGGCAGCAUGCUGCAGUCAGUGCUGGGCUCCCCGUGGCUGUCCAUUGCUCCAUAGCCCCGUUUGAUAUCCAGAGAGAGACAAAUUGGUGGUGACAGAAGGAUGAGAGGGAAAGGUAGAGGAAACAGGAGAGGAGAGAGGGAAGUGAAGAGGAUAUGAGAGAGAGAGAGAGAAGCGGAUAAGAGAGAAUGGUAUAGGAGAAGGAAGGGGAUGAGAGAGAAAGGGAGAUGAAGAGGGGCGGAAGAGAAGCGUUUGUGGGGUUUUCUGAGGUUGGUCAGAUGUCUCUUUUCUGUUCACUGAUGGUGUCUGUGAAAACGGCACUUUGAAUGAGGAGCCAAUUAAAAUGUAUGUCUGUCCCUUCGUCUUUCUGCCUGUCUGGUUCUCCUUGAAGAUUCUACCCUUAACAGAUUGUUGUAGCCGGUAAUAUUAUCAGGAAAAAUUAUUUGUGGGAUGACAAUGUUUAAAGCAAUACUGACACUUAAUCUGUAUCUGAAGCGUUUGAGUUGCACUUCGUGAUCUCUCUCUAUAUCUCUCUCUCUCAAACACCAACCUCUUUGUUGUGUGAUCUGUUAUGGGUCAUUAUUUAACAGUAGCAUUUAGUGUUGUAGCUGACAUAACAUCUUGUGAUGGGCUAGGGGCCAGGUGGUUGCGUGAAUCGUUAAAAUAGUUAUUGGCCCAUAUUAAACGAUACAGAGAAGAGGAAUCAGACAUUGCUAGUCAACCCCUGACCUAUACAUCUGCUGAGUCACUGCCUCAUCUGAAUAAGGCCUUUCACGAUUUCAGCGUGGCCUAGGGGGAACUGAACAGUAACAGACGCAAUGGAGUGAAUGCAAAAGCAAUAUUCACAGCCUAUGAUGACCUGUGUGCGUGCAUGUGUGGAUGCGUGCCUGUUCUGCGGGAGCAUUUGUUCAAGGGGUAUUGUGAAUGUGAUUUGGUGGCCAACAUUAAUAAGCUACUAUGGUAGGACAGCAAUAUAUUGCUCUUCCUAGUAUGUAUGACUAGUCCAUCUCUAAUUCCUCGAUGUGACCACACUUCCACUGUACCUAUUCAAGUCUGACAACACCUAACCAAUGAGUUCCGUCACCAACUGUGAUUUCAGAUAGCUUUUGGAGUGGUAUAUAUCUCAACAUGGAUUUCUAGAAACAUCCGUUUCCCCACUGCUUGGUUUCCAUGCAGACUAGAGGUGGAUGGGAGAUGGAGAGAGACGAGUCUGGAAUUUUACGCUGUUCCUUAAUUGAGCUGUGGAGAAAAGGAGUCCACAUGUUGGGAAAUAUGGUGAGGGCCUUUCAGAUGCUGGGUCUUGGAACAAUGAUUCAUCCUUUACACUUUGUCCUCUACCUCCCGCCUUCUCGUCUGUUGUUGCAUGCUAGCUUCCCUCUGUAUCGGUAAACACAGGAUUGAUAUGACCCUUGGCAACAGCACUGUGCGUCCCUGACACACGGAUACAGUGCAGGGAGGCAGCGGGAGAGGGAAGGGAGGGACAGCAGCAGAAGAGAGAGAGAGAUGAGAGAGGGCUGUGUGUCAUAGCGGAUAAUUGGUUUGUCUUUAAGUGACACUCGCUGUGUCUCAAAUGGCACCCUAUGUGUGUGUGUUUGCCAGCUUGACAGCAUGGUCUGACAGUCCUCUGAGCGCCUAAAGACAAAAACCCUUCAAAUGUUUGUCCUCCAGAACAUUUCUUCCUUCUUCAUCUCUCUUUUUUUUAUCCCUCUAUUUCUACAUGCGUGUUGUUCAAAACACACCCAGGAUUUAUAUUUUAAACUUAUGUUUCCAUUGAGUUGUUUUGAUCACAUUUUCACAUUUCUGUAAAGGUUAGUUAUGUAGGGAUUUUUGUUUUGUGGUAUUACCGAAGGGCUGUGUUUAUUCCUAAUUUGCAAAGGUCAGCUAUGUAACUGGUAUGUGAUGGAGAUUCUACAGUAUGUGUCGCGGUUARAUGUGUGUGAGAACACGGUUAUUCAUGUAACCACCUAUCAGAGGAGAGGUUAGUUCUGUUUGCUCUGAUUCCAUCUGUCUGAGCUGGGGGGGGGGAGCUCACACACUCAUACGCGCAUACACACACAUGCGCGCACACACACCAACUGUAGACUGCCUCGUGCAAUUACAAAGUCAUGUGCAAUUGUCUAGGGGAGCUCACACGCAAUUCCAAAGUGGGUCAUAAUACAUCCUAUUCAGAACCGAACCUUAGAUUAAGAAUAACAUCUUGGCAUUUAGUAAUUGACAAGGACGUGAUAGUGGUCACAUGCUCUUGUUGACAUUUCUUUCAGAGUACUACUAUUCCCGUAAUUCCACCCUAUCAGUGGGCAGCAGGAACUCUAGAAUAGGAACCAAACAUGGGCAAUUGGGCAUUGAAAGCAUUGAGCCUCCCGUGGUUUAAACAACAACAGGCACGGUUUGAAGCCCAACAUCCUUCCGCAGACUUUGCCUUUGCUUCAUGUUUUAACUCUGUCCUGUGUGAUGUUUUUUCAGGCUAUUGCCAGAUUCUGUGUGUGUCCUAAAUGGCUCCCUAUUGACCAGGGCCCAUAUGGCUUUGGUCAAAAGUAGUGCACUAUACAGUAUAGUGAAUAGGGUGCCAUUGGGAAUGAACAAAAUGUCUCUCUCUUUGUGGGCAUAUGUCUGAUUACCAUAAUCUUCAUCGGCUCACAUAUUAGCCACAACGAGAACCAAACGAGCUUUACACCUUCUUAAAUGAGACAUACGAGAUUUGUUUUAUAUAUUUAUCUUUAGCGACACUUCACAAACUGAAUAAUUAUUACUGUUUCUUCUCUCUUGUAUCUUGCACUUAACACAUGUAGCAAUACCWAUAGGAUGGGGAAAACAGACGUGUGAUUCACCAGUAUUUGUGAAGUAUUUCAUUUUAUUACUGGUUUAUUGUUCCAUUUUGUACAAAAUACAUGCUGUACAGAUAUAACAAAUUAAAACGACAACAAAAGUCUUUUAGAUAAACUUAAUUUAUUUUUACUGUUUUUGUAAUUUAGACACUAUACUGUAGCUUCUUUUUGGCCAGAAUUACUGAAAGUGCCUCUUGGUAUAAUGUAUUACAAAGUAAAUAUACAGUAUAUUGAGAUAAUUAGAAAUUGUCACUAGCUGAACAAUGUGGAUGUUGUAAUGUGAARACUGAAUAACAUGAGUUAAAUGCUGUGGUAA